AUGCAUUUCAACCCUCGUCGAGCGAGUUCCGGCAACGGCGCUUUCCUCAUCUCAAACACUCACCCUCGACCAGCAAUAAAAACCGAGCAAGCACUCCCUUCACGGUCACGAUACCCUGCUUUGCAUCGCCUACACAAGUUCCGUGCCAUCAUCCUACCCGUUCUCCUCAUGUCCACAUUCACCACGUUGCUCCUGGGCGCCAUCUACGCAUACUGUGUGGCGAAACCUCACACAGAUAUUGGGGACAUUUUGGCCGUGGACAGCAAUGCGGAAGCCGACUCCUCCAUCUUCGGCAAACGAGAAACAGCCGCCACUGCCACCGAAACCACGGCAGGUACAAAGAGCAUUUCUUCUUCCUACGGCGAAUCUGAGGUCGCUCUGCUUUUCUACACGCUCACUGCCCCUGGGCUCUCGAUAUUCCACAAUAUCUUUGAACUCAUCAUGCAUCACCACACGCCACGACAUAUGGCACGACGCAGCAUCUACAUCACCUUCCUCGCGACCUCUUCCCUCCUCAUCUGUGGCUGGAUCACCACCCUAGCCUUCUGGAUGCACUGCGAACUACCCACUUUCAACCAGAACAAGGCUGGCCAGGCUGUCUGUCCUAUCCAAGUCCGAGGGCACUUCAUGUACGGGAUACAUGAAGUCAGCAUCGCCAGGAUCGUCGUGGGAUGGAUCAUUGUGUUGGCGUACAUUGGCCAUGUCGUCCUUCUGGGGUUUGGUUACAAUGCACAGAAAAGGAUAUGGAGGAUCAUCGGUGGCGCGGAAGCCGAUGGCGACGUGGAAAUGACGCACGGCGAGGCCAGACUCGUCGUAGUCAGGUUCGACGAGGAUGACAAGGACGAUCGAGCACUGGCCAAGGAAGCCAAUGUGCUAUGA